AUGGCCGGCGUUAAACUCAACUGCCUUGGAGGACGCCUCGCGGAUCCUAGGUCGACUCCUCAGGCUUCACUCAAUCUGACCAGAACGAUCGAGGGAAUCUUCCAUGAACCCGAUCUGUUUGCUGUUAGGUAGUUAUAUAACUACUUGCAGGCGGAUGAUGAAAGCCAGAGGGGGAUCCACGGAGACCGAAAGGGGAGAAAAAGUCAAUUUGGGAGGCGAUGAAUUCAUGGAAGACCAACGAGGUGAACUAUUUUCGGAAUCAUCUGUAACCGGCCCACUCCGCGUGUUGACGGGCAUCAUUGGCUGGACGGCCUCGAAAUAGGGACGGCGAGGCGCGGAGAACGGGAGACAACGGCCCCGACCACGGGGGGUUUGGGCGCCUUGGGGCCGUACGGGCGACGUAAGGGCGCUGCCAAAUACGCGGCCACGGAGCGUCGUGGCCCGGCAUCCCCUUGUAUGGCGACGGUAUUGAUUACAGGCGAAGGGGACCAGCCCGGCGGAGCGCAAUGCACUAGGGCAGGCCAAUCACACCCGCGCGACCCACCACGUCUGCCCCCUUCGGGACUAGUCCGACUCGUCUAUCAGGCAGACAUCCAAAACGCAUCAGCCCCGGCGAACAGCCUCCAUGACCGUCAUCUUCCUUCCAGCCAGAUCGCAUGUCUGUUUUCCUCCUCGCUUCCCCAGUCCCAAUAUCUAAGCUGUGUCAUCCCUCCGCCCGCUGCUGCCUUCUCUCCACCACCUGGAUUCCUCUUCGGAACUGAGCUCUUCUCGAACGCCAUCGAGUCCCAAGAAACCGCUUUUCGAACUGGGGCCUUUUCUCCCCUUUCGCAGUUGCUCGAACUAGCCGUUGCAUGCGGAUACUUUAUUUCCAUCGUUAAGCCAGGUCAGACAGGUCCGACGUUUUAGCUUGCCGUAAGUACUCGAGAGACGGUUUAUCAGACCACCCGUUUGUCUCCUUUUCGCUCUGGAUACUCCCUGGUGGAAAACAACAGAGGGGAAACUGAAACGACAACCAACUGAUUGAUGGACUAUAAAAGUGUAAACGUCCCGACGAGUCCAGCCUUUGUUUUUCAAUUUCCACCGCGCCGAAGGAGUCUGGUGACUCUCACACCACCAUGUCGACCACUUCAGGUGUAGAGACUCAAACUCAUCGGCAUCCCCGCCGCCGAAUGAUGCU